AUGGGUGAUACCGAUCCCCCUCCUAGGAGAGUCGUCGCUGACUACGCCAGGCCGAACGCGGCCAAUGCUCGUUCCAGCAUUACCCGACCCGCUAUCGGGGUUAAUCGCUGGCAGAUUGCACCCCAGAUCAUCACGAUGGUUACGAACACCAUCCAAUUCCAUGGACUACCUUCUGAGGACCCGAAUGUCCAUCUCUCGCGCUUUUCAGCUAUCUGCGAUACGUUCCAGGAGCAAGGUGUCACCGAGGAUGCCUGCAAGCUGCGCCUAUUUCCAUUCUCGCUCGCUGACCGCGCCCAUGCUUGGUUGGAAUCCCUUCCUGCGGGAUCCAUUACUACUUGGGCCGGUAUGAAAGAAAAAUUCUUAGGUAAGUAUUUCCCUCCUUCCAAAACCGCUCGUCUGAGGAGCAUGAUCCAAGAGUUUCGUCAAAAGGAGGGAGAUUCAUUCUACGAGAUAUGGGAGCGUUUCAAGGAGUUAUUACUCAAGUGUCCUCAUCACGGAUUUGAGGAUUGGGCUUUAGUUGAGAGGUUCUAUCAUGGAGUGACGCCCACUACGAGGAAUAUGUUGAACACGACUGCCGGUGGCAAUCUUCUGACCGCCAAGACACCUGAUGAGUGCAUGGAUAUGUUCGAGGAUAUAGCGAUGAGUAGCUACGAGUUUCCUGAGUCUAGAGAUUCAUCCACUACACAUAGAGGAGUGCACAAGGUCGAUGAGGUCACCAGGAUGCAAGCACAGAUUGAUGCUUUGAAGCAGCAGGUGAGUGAUAUGAAGGUGAGGAAAGAGCAGCUAUGCGAGAUAUGCACAGGGAAGCAUGACACAGCCGUGUGUCCUAUUGCCCCUGAGGAGUCACUGGAGCAGGUGGAGUUUGUGGGUAAUCGGAAUCAAGGAAAUUUCGGGGAGCGUUACAAUACGAAUUGGAGGAACCACCCGAAUUUCAGUUGGAAGAACAACAACCCACCGGGGUUUCAGCCGCGUCAGAGUUUGUUUCAGGACGCAGGAGCAGGAGCAGGGGCGAGUUCGGGUACGAAAAACCCGACGAUAGAGGAGAUGCUGAGGCAAAACCAGGAUACGUUAGCCCAGCAGACGCAGUUGCUGACACAGUUCAUCACGCGAGAGGAUACUCGACAUAAGGAGACACAGUCGAGGUUCAUGGAGCACGAGACCUUCAUGAAGAGUCAGAGCACUGCACUACAGAACCUGGAGAGGACAGUGGGUUCGCUGGCCGAUCAGCUGAACCAGAGGCCUCAAGGUGGUCUCCCUAGUAGUACUGUUGGAAAUCCGAACGCCACUGCAAAGGCUGUUACCACUAGGAGCGGACGAGGGGCUGUUGAGGUCGAGCCGGUAGUCGAUGAGGACCCGGAGGUCGACGAGGAGAUUGAGAUGGAGACACCUGCUGGCAGAGUGCACCCUAGGCUGCGCCCAGCAAGUACAGCACAGUCCAGCGGGUCUCCAGGGGAAGAGAAGGAGUUAGAGAAGGAGCCGACGAGGGUGUACAAGCCGACACCCCCUUACCCUGGUAGGUUAGUGAGGGGUAAGGACGCAGAGCAGUAUGGUCGUUUCAUGGAGAUGUUGAAGAAGCUGCAUGUGAACAUUCCGUUCGUCGAGGCUUUGGCGAAGAUGCCAAAGUAUGCGAAGUUUUUGAAGGAUCUUCUUACGAAUAAGAAGAAAUUAGAGGAUCUGUCGACUGUUACCCUGAGCGAGGAGUGUUCUGCCGUCUUGCAGAACAAGUUGCCGAAGAAAGUGUCUGAUCCUGGUAGCUUUACCAUCCCAUGUCUGAUUGGGAAUCUUGCUGUCAGCAAUGCGCUUGCUGACCUAGGUGCUAGCAUAAAUCUCAUGCCCUAUUCCAUUUUCGCUAAGCUUGACCUAGGAGAGCCUUCCCCUACGCGCAUGAGUAUUCAGCUCGCCGAUCGAUCGGUAAAGUUUCCUAGGGGCAUCGUGGAGAACAUGCUAGUGAAGGUCGAUAAAUUCGUGUUCCCAGUUGACUUUGUCAUCCUUGACAUGGACGAGGACUCUGAGGUCCCACUGAUUUUAGGUCGUCCAUUCCUUGCCACGGCACGAGCCCUCAUUGACGUGCACGACGGCAAGUUGACUCUUCGAGUGGAUGAGGAUGAGGUCACAUUCGACAUUCAGCGUUCUAUGAGGCAUACCCAGCAGCAUGAUGACACUCUAUACUUUAUUGAUACUCUUAUGUCACAUGUGGGUGGCCUUCUCAGCGAGAUUUGUGGGAGAGAUGCGUCUGAUACGCAUGAUGCUAGUAUGGAUGAUCAGGGGAGUGAGGUCACUGAGCUAGAUGUUGAGCAAGACCCUUUGUUGCAGGCUACCGAGCCUUCCCCUAGAUUCGAGGUGUUUGAGGUCAUCGAGGAGGAGGAGAUCCCGAAGGAGAGACCGUCUGUUGAGGCACCCCCGCCCCUGGAGUUGAAGGAGCUGCCGUCUCAUCUGGAGUACGCAUUCUUGGGCGAGGGGUCUCAGUUACCCGUCAUCAUUUCUGCUGGAUUGACGGAGGAGGAGAAGAAGAAGCUGAUGAGUGUGUUGAAAGAGCAUAGGCAGGCUAUUGCGUGGAAGCUGAUGGACAUCAAGGGUAUUAACCCUUCGUUUUGCACGCACAGGAUCUUGAUGGAGGAGGAGUUCAAGCCGGUGGUUCAGCCUCAGAGAAGGCUAAACCCUAAUAUGCAGGAUGUUGUGAAGAAAGAGGUGAUUAAGUUGCUGGAUGCAGGACUGAUUUACCCGAUUUCGGACUCUGCAUGGGUGAGUCCCGUCCAGGUGGUCCCCAAGAAGGGGGGUAUGACAGUGGUCGUCAACGAUAGGGAUGAGUUGAUACCCACCCGGACCGUCACCGGCUGGCGAGUUUGCAUAGAUUAUCGCAGACUUAACGACGCCACGCGCAAGGAUCACUUUCCUUUGCCGUUCAUCGAUCAGAUGCUGGAGCGACUGUCAGGACAGCAGUUUUACUGUUUUCUUGAUGGAUUCUCAGGUUAUUUCCAGAUCCCUAUUGCACCAGAGGAUCAGGAAAAGACCACAUUUACAUGCCCCUUUGGCACCUUCGCGUAUCGACGCAUGCCAUUUGGGUUAUGUAAUGCUCCAGCCACUUUUCAGCGCUGUAUGGUGGCGAUCUUUCAUGAGUUGAUCGAGGACUCCAUGGAGGUGUUCAUGGAUGACUUUUCUGUGUUUGGGAGUUCCUUCGAUCAUUGUCUGCGUAAUCUCGAGCGUGUGCUUAUUCGAUGUGAGGAGACGAACCUGAUGCUUAACUGGGAGAAGUGUCACUUUAUGGUUCGAGAGGGGAUUGUGCUAGGGCACAAGAUUUCACAGGCGGGGCUGGAGGUGGAUCAAGCCAAAGUUGAUGUUAUUUCCAAGCUCCCGCCGCCUACUUCUGUGAAGUCUAUUCGGAGUUUCUUGGGUCAUGCGGGAUUCUACCGCCGUUUCAUCCGCGACUUUUCGAAGAUUGCUCGCCCGAUGACCCAGCUGCUAGAGAAGGAUAAGCCAUUCGUAUUUGACGAUGAGUGUUUGAAGGCCUUCGAGCUGAUUAGGGAGAGGUUAGUGAGUGCUCCCAUUCUGAUUGCUCCCGAUUGGAGCCUCCCAUUUGAGAUCAUGUGCGACGCCAGCGACUUUGCUGUUGGGGCCGUUUUAGGGCAGCGUAGGGAGAAGCACUUUCAUCCCAUCUAUUACGCUAGCAAGACCCUAAACGACGCCCAAGAGAACUACACCACGACGGAGAAGGAGCUGCUGGCAGUCGUAUUCGCGUGCGACAAAUUCCGUUCGUAUCUUGUGCUGUCGAAGACCAUUAUUUUCACGGAUCAUGCGGCCCUUCGCUACCUGUUUGCGAAGAAGGACGCGAAGCCUAGGCUUAUUCGAUGGAUCUUGUUGCUUCAGGAGUUUGACCUAGAGAUUAGGGACAAGAAGGGGGCUGAGAACGUAGCUGCGGAUCAUCUGUCGAGAUUGGAGAGCCCCGAGAUAGAGAAGACUCGGGAGGAUAGGAUUGGGGAUGAGUUUCCCCAUGAGGCGUUGAUGUUUCUGAAAGCCCACGAGGAGGGUUUUCCCUGGUUCGCUGAUCUGGCGAAUUACUUGUCUACAGGUGACCUUGUGGAGGGCAUGACAUAUCAGCAAAAGAAGAAAUUCUUUGCGGAUGUCAAGCACUACAUUUGGGAGGAUCCGUACUUGUUUAGGAUCGGUGCGGACCAGGUUAUUAGGAGAUGUGUGUUUGGGUCCGAGUCGCGCAGUAUUCUGCGACAUUGUCACGAGGGACCGACUGGUGGCCAUUAUGGUGCAGCUUAUACCGCCAAACGCGUGUUUGAUGCGGGAUUUUAUUGGCCGACCAUCUUUAGGGACGCACAUGAGUUUGUGCGCAGCUGUGACGCCUGUCAGCGGACAGGAAAUAUCUCAUCCCGUAAUGAGAUGCCCCAGAACCCCAUUCAGGUGGUUGAGGUCUUUGAUAUUUGGGGUAUUGAUUUUAUGGGUCCGUUCCCUAUGUCGAGAGGGAACCGAUACAUCCUUGUCGCGGUAGAUUAUGUUUCUAAGUGGGUGGAGGCAGAGGCCUUGCCUACAAAUGACGCGAGGGUUGUUGUGAGAUUUUUGAGGAGAUUGUUUGCUAGAUUCGGGACACCGAAGUCCUUGAUAUCUGAUCGAGGCACCCACUUCUGCAAUUCACAGAUGGAGAAGGUCUUGAAACGCUAUGGGGUCACCCAUCGGCUUUCGACGGCCUAUCAUCCACAGACGAGUGGGCAGGUGGAAAACUCGAACAGGGGGAUCAAGAGGAUCUUGGAGAAAACUGUCGGAAACAGUCGUAUCGAUUGGUCCGAGAAGUUAGAUGACGCUCUGUGGGCUUUCCGUACUGCUUAUAGGACGCCUAUUGGGACCACACCCUUUAGGUUAGUUUAUGGGAAAGCGUGUCAUCUUCCGGUGGAGCUAGAGCAUCGUGCAUACUGGGCACUGAAGGCAGUCAAUCUUGACUUGCCAGCUGCGGGCAAGAACCGGUUUCUUCAACUUCACGAGUUAGAGGAGUUGCGAGAUGAGGCGUAUGAGAAUUCGUGGGCAUAUAAAGAGCGUACUAAGGCGUUGCACGACAAACACUUGAAGCAGGUGAAAGAGUUCAAGUGUGGGGAGCAGGUGUUGCUAUACAAUUCCCGGUUGAAGCUGUUCCCGGGAAAGUUGAGAUCGCGUUGGCACGGACCGUAUGUGGUUACACAGGUGUUCCCGUACGGAACAAUAGAGGUUGAGAAUGAAGACGGUCAGAGGUUUAAGGUCAAUGGGCAUCGUUUGAAGCAUUUUGUCGAGGGACCGACAAAGGAUCGAGAGGAGGAGGUGAUUGACCUCCCCGUUAUGAGCACGUGA